AUGGAGGUCUUUCCUAUCCUGGAAAGCUUCGGGAAUGCCAAAACCAUCCUCAACAACAACUCCAGCCGCUUUGGCAAGUACCUCCAUGUCCACAUCCUCCAGCCAAUGAAGAGAGGAACUACCAUGUGUUCUAUGAGCUGCUUGCAGGUAUGAACGACUGGGACAAACAGGAGCUUUACCUGCAGGGAGCCGAGACCUAUUACUACCUAAACCAAGGUGGUGCCUGUGAGUUGAAGGGGAAGCAGGACAAACAAGACUUCCAGCUUUUGGUUCAGUGCUUUGAGAUCAUUGGUCUCCAUGCUGACCAGAUCUCCACCGUCUGGGCCAUCCUCUCCUCCAUCCUGCAGCUCGGCAACAUCUGCUUCAGCUCCUAUGAGUCGGUGUUGUUGUUUCAGAGUGAGUCCUUCGAAGUGGCUCGUAUCUUCAGUGAGGCUGAGGCCAGGAGGGUCGGCUCCUUGCUGCAGAUUUCCUCUGAAGCGCUGCAGACCGUCAUCACACACAGAGUCACAGAGACAACCUACGACAGGAUCUACUGCCCCCUGUCUGUGGAAAGUGCCAUAGAAUCCAGAGAUGCCAUUGCCAAAGCCUUGUAUUCAGUGCUGUUUGACUGGUUACUGGAGCAGAUCAAUGACUGGCUGAGUCCCACAGAGAUGGACAGCACUGUGGGCAUAGUGGACAUCUACGGGUUCGAGGACCUGGGAGUGAACAGCUUUGAGCAGCUGUGUAUCAACUUUGCCAAUGAGCAGCUGCAGCACUUUGUCAACAAGGCGGUGAUCUCUCAGGAGCAGGAGGAGUACAGUGUGGAACAGAUCCAGUGGUACCCGAUGCCACUCAAGGACUUCCACUCCUGUCUGGAGCUGAUCUCCUCCAGGCCACAUGGCAUCCUCCGUAUACUGGACGACCAGACCUGCCUCCCCCAGGCCACUGACCACACCUUCCUCCAGAAGUGCCACUACCACCAUGGUAACAGCCCCUACUAUGCCAAGCCCAAGAACCCACUGCCAGUCUUCACUGUCUAUCACUAUGCUGGAGCUGUCACCUAUCAGGUCCAUAAUUUCCUCAAUAAGAAUCACGACCAGUUCAGGACAGAAGUGGUGGAGCUUUUUGCCAGGAGUCGCUUAAAGAUGGUGUCGGAGCUGUUCCGGAAGGUUCAGGAUGGUUACAUCCAGCAGAGAGAGCUGGGCUGGAGAGGAAAGGGCCUCCGCCAGCAGCCCUCUACUGCUGCCUCACAUUUCCUACAGUCCCUGUCUGAACUCACCACCCGCCUGGAGAGGUGCAAAACCACUUUUAUCCGUUGUCUGAAGCCAAACUAUGUCAAGCUUCCUGGGAUCUUUGAUGUGGACUAUGUGUCAGCUCAGCUGAGGCAUGCUGGGAUGCUGGAGACCAUCCACAUCAGGAAAGAGGGUUUCCCAGUCCGGAUUCAGUACUCCCUCUUCAUUGAGAGGUAUGGCGUGUUGCUGACCCAGCGCCCCAGCAAGGGGACGGACAGAGAGCAUACAGUGGCUCUGUUGAACAUGGUUGAUGCAGAGGAGGGACAGUACCAGCUGGGACUCACCAAGGUGUUCCUCAAGGAGCUUCUGUACCGGCAGCUGGAGGAGAAGUGGAGCAGCACUCAAACUUGGGCUGCUGUCACCAUCCAGAGGAACAUCAGGGGCUUCCUCUGCAGGAGGAACUUCAGGUUCUUCAAACAGAAAGCCAUCGUCAUCCAGAGCCACAUCCGAGGACACCAGGCCAGGAAGUACUACAAGCGUCUGAAGCAGUCCUUCACUCAGUUCUGGGCGGUGAUGAUGAUAACCAGGAACACCAUCAAGAGACGCCACUGGAGGAAGGAAUUUCAAGAGAGGAACAAAGUAAAGGCAAUCACAAAGACAAAAUCUGUCACUCCAGGAAUGGAUGUGGGGAUGUUAGAGAUCCCUGCUGAGUUGUCAGCCAGACUUCGCAGUGCAACAGGGCGGCAGCAUGGGUCAGGAGUUACAGAGGUCACACCUCCACAGGUGAAGGCAGAACACAGGUUCACCCUGCCUCUGGAUAUAGACAGAUACCCAUUUUCUCGCUAUGCCAACUCCGUAUUAAAGGAUACAUGGAGCCAGCCUCAGGGAUACCCCCUCCAGAGACCCCUCACCCCUCUGGAUCCAGAAGAUGCCACAGCUGCCCUGGACAUUUACAAACUGAUCUUGCGGUUUACAGGUGAGUCAGGCAUCAGCAGCUGGCAGGAGCAGAUGUUGGGCAACUAUAUAGUGGAAAAGGGCCAGAGCCGACCGGCCCUGAGGGACGAGAUCCUGGCCCAGUUGACUUACCACACGUGGGGCCUGACUGAGGAGCAGAGCAGCCUGAGGGGCUGGCUGCUGCUGGCCUGCUGCCUCAGUGCCUUCACCCCUUCACCAACAUUGGACAAAACCCUGCUCAAGUAUGUUUCUGACUAUGGUCCAGGGGAGUACCGUUCACUGUGCCAACACAAACUGCUCACAUCUCUGCAGCUGCCAGCCCCCACUGCCCGCAUCUAUCCCCCCACUCAGCUAGAGUGGACCACCAACCAGAGGAAGGGCACCAUGCUGUUGGACAUACACACUUUCAAUGAUGAGAAACUGACAACUGAAGUAGAGUCAUGGACGACAGGAGAGCAGCUGGCCUCAUGGCUUCUGCAUUACAGAGGUGUGUUGGAGGGUGUGCAGGGCUGGUCAGUGUCUCUUCUGACUGAUGACGGUUGGUCCGACCUGGCUGGCUCAGACUUUGUCAUGGAUUUGCUGGCCGGAGCUGAAGCUGAAGUGCUGCCACCACCAGGCACCCCCUCCUCUACAAACUCUGACUACCUAUUCAGCAGCCCGGGAGACAGAAUGCUGGCUACAGAUCUGGAUGGCUUCAUCCCACCAGCACCUUCCAUGCAAGCUCCAGGGCUGCCUCCUUUUGAGGGAAACCCCUUGGGAAUGAAUUAUCCACAGGAAGGUCGUGGUCGACAGAUGGAUGCCUAUGUUGAUGACUUGUUUGAUCCUGUACUGGACCAAGGACCCCCGGACAUGGAAAGAGUGGCCAUGCUAAACCGCAGGAUGAGAGGUGGAGGAGGGAUUGGACCCAUGCAGCCUGGCAUGUAUGGAGCUGGUAUGCCUAUGACAAUGCCAAGCUAUCCUAUGGGAAUGCCAGUAACUUCAAUGCCCAGCUAUGGUGCAGCUCCUAUGAUGCCAGCCAUGCCAGCCAUGAUGAUGCCUCAGGCUCCCAUGCCUGCUCCCGCUGUCGCUGACCCCAUGCAGAUGGCAGCAACCCAGCAGGCCCUCAUAAACCAGCAGGCCGUUCUCAUGGCCCAGCAGAUGACAAUGCAGGCGAUGACUCUGUCCCAGCAGCAGACGCAGGAGCAGCAGAGGAAACAGGAGGAGAAGCAGAGGAAGGAGGAACAGAAGCAGAGGGAGCAGGAGAGAAAGCAGGAAGAGGAGAGGCAGCGGAGACGCCGGUCUGAGCGGCGCUCCAGGGAACGCUCACGCUCACCCUCCCCAUCCCGUCGAUCUCCUUCACCCCCACCCCCACCCCCACCUGCACCUGUCCAGCACAAAGCACCUGUACCAAAACCCACCUCCAGCUACAGGCAACCUGUGCCUGAGCCAGAGAGACAAGUGGACUCACCAGAUCCAGAUGACCUGCACUCUUUCAGAGAAAAGAGGGCAUUCUUCAAUAAAAUGGGCACUCAUCGACAAAGUGAAUCCAAAACCCCCAAACCACGUCCAGCCUCCUCCAACCCACCCAGACAGCAACACUCCCCGCCUUUACGUCAACCAUCGCCUCCACCUACAGCACCUAAGCCUGAGGUGAACCGUCUUCCCUCCCCCCCUGCUAAAGAAGCUGACCCCCCAAAAACAACACCCGCCCCAGUACCUCUCUCCAAGCCUCAGCCCGAACCCACCUCCAACAUCCGGGAAAUCAUCAAACAGUACAACAGCCGACCCCAACCAGAACCCCAAACCUUUGAGCCUGUCAGACAUCCUCCAAGGCACUUUAUAAAGAAGGGUGAUCCCAAAGCGGAAGCUCUGGCCAAACUCAGAAACAAAGCUCCAGUGCCACAAGAGAAGAAACAGUGGGUGCCUCCUCCACCACCACUCCAGCCUACCAUGGAGCAGCCUCCUCCCAGGCCCCCCUCCCCACCGUCUUCUCCUCCCUCCCCCAGAGGUCCACGCGCCAUCUCCAGUAACAUGAAGCAGAAGCAGCGUUCCCUGGAGAACAUGUUCGGCUCCCAGCGCUCCCAGCAACCUCCGUCUUCUCCCCCUGACUCCCCGCCUCCUCCUCUGUACCCAGAACCCAUCCUUCAGAACAUCCCCGACCCACCGGACAUGGCUGCUCCAUCUCUCAAUAUGAUGCCAGGCGAGGAGGGCAUUCACUCCCAGCUCCACCGCUUCUCUGCAGGUGUCUACUUCUCUAACUCCAACACACCGGGAAAACUAUUCCUGCGCAAAGAGGUGUUUUACCCCCGAGAGACGUUCAACCGGCCCUAUAUCCUCAAUCUGUUAUGUGAACAGAUCAUGAGGGACACUUACUCUGACAGCUGUUUGAGGAUCAGCAGAGAGGAGAGGAGGAAGAUGAAGGAUCUGCUAGCAAAUUUCAAUGUGGGAACGACUAUAAGCACCAUCCAGGAUGACAACAUGAAGAAGAGGAUCGUCAUCGCUGCUCGGGACAACUGGGAAAACUACUUCACUCGCCUGUUCCCUGUAAAGUUGGACAGUGGGGAUGCUCAGUUUUUGGGUGUUUCUCAUCGUGGCAUUCGUCUCUUGAAAGUGGUCAAAGCAUCAGGCAUCAACCCCAAACACCUCCAUCUGCUCAGAAGCUACAGUUAUGCAGAGCUGAUGUCAGUUGACCUCAAUGGUAAAGACAGAGUGGAACUGGAGUUGAAGAAUGAAAACUUACUGCUGCAGUCCUCCAGAGCUCCUCAGAUCACUGCCAUGAUCCAACUCUUCCUCCAGGAGCUCAUCAAGGACUCGGGCCAUGUGGUCGCACUGAAGAGUUUUGUGACAGAUGAUAAGAGUCUGCUCACCUUCAGCAGGGGUGAUGUCAUCAAACUCCUGCCAAUGGAAGGACUCCAGACAGGCUGGCGUUUUGGCACCCUGGGAGGGCGCUCUGGUCUUUUCCCAGAGGACCUCACCCAGCCAUCUGCAGCCCCAGACUACCACAGUCUCCACCUUGAUCGAAGAGAUGAUAGGAGGAAAAGCAUGAGGGCCAGUAGACCUAGUAGUCCACCGAAGGGCCCGUCUCCAGGUCCCAUCAGCAUACGCAGCACCGACUCAGAGCCGCCCAGCAAAGAGUUAGAGAUCAACUCGGCCAUGGCUGAGUUUGCCAUGAAAUACUUCAGAGUUGGGACAACAGGUCUGCCAGCUAACGGAAGGAACUUUGCAGAGGUGGUUCGACACAAUGAGGGGGCCAUACAGGAGUCCCUCAUUCUCUACAAUGACCCUGAAAUCAAUGAUUUAUCAGUCAAGUGCUUUAUGGACGUGAUGCAGUUCAUGGGUGACGUGCCGAUGAAAAAGAAUAAUACCCAAGCAGACUGCCUGGGCGAAAUCCUACUGCUCGGGAAGGAAAAAGAGCUGCUGAGAGAUGAAAUCUACUGCCAGGUCAUCAAGCAAACCACCAAUAACCCAACCAAAUCCAGCUCUACUCUCGGCUGGCGGCUGUUGAACCUGGUGACCGGGUUCUUCCCCUGCUCUAGUACUCUGCAGCCCUACGUCUCACAUCACCUGCACGACAUCUCUCAGGACUACGAACACCCGUACCAAGAGCUGGCAAGUGUGUGUCAGGAUAACCUUAAGCGGUCUCUCAGUUUUGGUGGUCGCCGUAACAUCCCCUCACAAACUGAGAUGGAAGCCAUUCUGGCUGGGAAAACCUCUCGACGCGUUCCGAUCAAGCUUCCAGGAGAGGUGGAUUUCUCCAUGAAGAUACGAAGCUUCAGUAUUGUAGCAGAUAUGGUAACAGAAUUCUGUAAAGAAAUCGGCAUCUCAGAUCCCAUAGAAAUCAAAGAGUUCUCCAUCCUCGCCAACAGAGAACAAGAUGGGACGGUGCGUCCUCUCCAUGCUGAGGAGUACCUGUUCGACUUCCUGCUGGAUGACGGCUCCAUCUUCCUGUCACUGAGAAGACUGAUGUGGAGAAGCCCUCUGUCCUUCAACAACGACCUCUAUGUGGACUUCCACUACCAACAGCUCCUGGGUGACUACCUGAAUGGGCAGCUGAUGCUUGCCCCUGCUGCAGGUAGUUCCUCAUCAGUCCAGCAGGUAGCAGAGCUGUCAGCCCUGCAGCAUCUGGCUCGUGGAAUGAUGAACCAGCCUUCGCUAUUGGAGAUGAAGGACUACCUGCCCUCACAGGAGGGGCUCAGCAGUAAAGUGGAGGAGAUCCACUCCUUCUGUCUGGGCCAGCUGGCUGCCAUGCAGUCCCUCCACCCUCAAGACGCCAAAAUGAGAUUCAUUGAGUUUCUGAGGACCCUGCCUCUGUUCGGCUCCAACGCUUUCUUGGCCCAGAAGGUCAGCCAGCGCGGAUGUCCCUCUCCCUGUGUGAUCAGCAUCAGCCAUGAGGGAGUUCUGUUCCUUCACCCUAAAACACAGGAGCAAGUGUUUCUGAUUCCUCUGUCAGACGUGCAGGCCAUGCGCACCAUCCGCCCCAAGAAACGCAGCAAAGUGCCAGCAAUGGACAUCAGUUAUGGCGAUCCAGUCCGUCCCAAAAAAGUCACCAUUCAUCUCAAACAGGCCAAGCAGUUGUGCCACACCCUCGCUCUGAUAAUGGAGGAGUUGAUCCGGCCAUCAGUCACCAGCUCCGUUUCAAAUUGCUAGUAGAGACACACACACACACACACACACACACACACACACACACACACACACACACACAGUACUUAUCCUUUAAUGACCGACUUCUGUAACUGACUUUUGUGUUGAAUUUUUUUGUUAUUUAUCUUUUUUUUGUGUGUAACUUCUUAAACAGUGUGUCACUGAUGAAAUAGACUGAAGAAACAUGAAUAUGCACACAUGCAGAUAUUAUCUCCAGUGUUCAGUCUAGUGAUCAAAGAAUAUAAAUAUAUAAAUGAAUGCAGGAUGGAUUAAGGUAAAUCCACUAGUUGUUGCAAGAUUAAUCAAGAAGUUAAAUUUAUUCCUUUUAUGCAUUAAAAUUUCUAUGACACCACAGCUGAAAUGUAAAGUUUGUUAAUCAUUAUCGGUCGCUAAUGUAACAAUAUCUUGUAAUAUAAGUGAAUAAUUUAUAAACA